CAAGCAAGACACUUCUUUUGGUCACAAAACUCUUUUGACGUUUUUGAUGUAGAUAUGCACUACAGAGUCGUUGGAAUAGUAUUUUAUCAAACCACCUACAACCCAAGUCCCAUAGACAAUCUCAUCAGAUAAAUUGCAGCAUGAAUUUUGAUGAGCAGUCUUUCAGCAGUCCUGUCUGUUCGGCUCCCAUCGAGUGGUUCUCUGCAUGUUCAGAUGCACAUGACUAUGAAACCGGAUGGUAUUUCCUGUGCGGGGCUUCCAACGAUACAGAUGCACUCGCCGCUAUCCUCGGAUUAAGGGAUGGUGAACAUCUCGGAUUACGCCCUGCAACAGUGUUUGGGUUCAAGGCGAGGAAGUGGGGUCUGCAGCCCGUUCUUGUAAGAGAAAGUGGUGAAAAAGACAGCCCAAAUGGAGAUGCAGCGGUUUCCGGGGCGGCGCUCAGGAUUGAGAGGACGGUCCAUGCCAAAAUGUUGCGGGGCCUGCUGCCGAGUAUGUUCCGAGUCGAUAAAUGCUACAUUCGACUUGAUCGCGAUCGCGGGGAAGACGACGAGCUUAUCCGCGGCUUUGCUUUCGUGUGGGAUGGAAAGACCGAAGAGUUGAAGAACUGAACACCUUUAAACUCGAGGCCAGGCCAAUCAUCCUCGCUGGGGAGUCUGUGCUGCAUUUGGCCGCAUUGCGACGCUGCGCGUUGGCCAUCUGGGGAGGGUUCGAUGCCCAACUUCCCGGCAUCAGGCGUCCGGAGAGACCCUGUGAGGAAUUAACUCUCGUCUUGAGAACUGCGAUCCUCCCUGGUGUCAU